CCCAAAGCGGAAGUCGAGCACCUGCAACUCUGGUCCAGCCGCGAUGAGACAGAGAAGGAUGUGAAAAGAGCAAAAAUAACGGUUCUCCGCAGGGUUUUAAAACCACAGAACAACAGUUAAAGUCAGAUAAAGAUUCAGCGAGAGCCGACGAUAUGAUUUUAGCGGCGUAUUUGUCGUUUUUCUUGAUAUUUUCGUCGGUGGGAGCAGCUAAGAACGCAGGAGACGAUGAUUGGGUUCAUCUCCCUAAUAAAUGUGAAGUCUGUAAGUUUGUCAGUAUUGAGAUGAAGUCAGCGUUCACUGAGACGGGGAAGACCAAAGAAGUCAUCGACAGGAACUACCGCUUCAUCGAUGGGAAGGGGGCGCCGCCGAUCAUAUACAACAAGUCAGACCUCAGAUUCAUCGAGGUUGUAGAAAAUGUGUGUCAGAGGCUGCUGGAGUACAAUCUGCACAAGGAGAGAACCGGCAGCAACCGCUUUGCCAAGGGUAUGUCAGAGACCUUCUCCACCCUUCAUGGUUUGGUGAGUAAAGGCGUGAACGUGGUGAUGGACAUCCCCUACGAGCUGUGGAACGAGACGUCAGCAGAGGUGGCCGACCUCAAGAAACAGUGUGAUGUGUUGGUGGAACAGUAUGAGGACGUGAUUGAGGACUGGUACAAAGGAAACCAAGAGGAAGAUCUGACCACUUACCUGUGUGAGAAACAUGUUCUCAAAGGACAGGACACAGCCUGUCUGGACGAGGAGUGGACGCCAAGGAAGAAGGGAGAGCAGGCAGCCAUCGCCGAGGACAAGAAGAAGAAGAAGCAGAAGAAGAAGAAGGGAGGGAAGAAGGGAAAGGGCAAGGGCGAGGAGGAAGGAGAGGGAGGAGACGGCAGCUCGGAUGGAGAGAAGGCAGCCAAGAAGAAGAAGGAGAAGAAGGUGAAGAAGAAGAAAAAGAGCAAAGUUACGGUGGAGAAGACGGAUGGAGGGGUGUCGUCCGAUGAGGAGAUCCAGCCUCAGGUGCCUCUGUCUGGGCAGAAGACGGAGUUGUGAGUCCUGGUCUCGGCCUGGACCCGGAUCAAAAACUAAGUUCUUAGUAAAAACAGUCUGCAGCUUCUGGAAACGUGGUGAGCUGAGGUUGAGAUGAGAUGUUGUACUGUUCCACCUGCGGUUCUAAAGCCUUUUCUUUCCGUUUUGGUUGCUCUGAAACACCUGGUUGUUUCUUUGUAAGAAAUCAGCUGUGGCCUCAAGAAUUUGAACCAUUUAUCCAAACUAUGAAAUACACUGGAGACCAUGUCACCAACAUACAGAGUUCAAACCUGUGAAUAUCAGUGAAAGGACUGAUGAAUUGGGAGAACUUGCCCCCUCUUUAUUUCUGUCUCUCUCAGUUGAAUGCAGUUAGUGAUUUGCAGUCUGGAUUUCAUGCUGUACGUCUUCAUAAUGUGAAUUUGUGUGUGUUUAUUUCCUCUGUGCUGUUUGAAACGUCUCAGAUUUACUGUUAAUAUUCAUUCCAACUGAAAACAAAGACACCUUUUCAGUCGUGUGUUGAGUUCUUCUUUUUACGACCUCUGGAAACGCUCCGAUUGUGUUGGUUAUGAUUUCACUUCAUGGAUUGUCGGCAUUCCUGUACCAUCAUGAUAAAGUGAUAUAUUAUUGAACCGUCUUAGAUCAGAUUCUCCUAAUAUUUGUAAUAUUCCUCAGUGUUUUAUAUCAGCAGAGGAAACUGACUCUCCAGAAUUUGUACCUUUUCAUCAUUUCAUUCGGUGCAGAAUAGAUGAUUACAUUUUCUGUAUUUUUGUUGCAGAGAAGCCAUGUUUCAGUGAAAUUCCCCUUUAAUGAGUAAAUACAUCAUGUACUUUUCCUAAAGGUCAGUGAUUUGUGUUGCUGUAAUUUUUUAAUGUUCUAAUUUUACAUUUAUUUAGUUUUUUUGUGUUCGCUGUACAAAAGCUGCUAUUUAAGGGGUGUGUGUGUGUGUGUUUGUGUUGGGCUCCUGUGCUGAAAAUGAAGGUUCCUGUGUGUGUGUGUGUGUGUGUUGCAUUUUCUCAAGUGUGUGUGUUUCUACAAAUUUUUAUUCUGAAGUAAAAUGCUGGCUGUGUUGUAUCAAAGUUGCUUUUUGAAAUCACAAGCAGACACAUCAGUGGAUCAAUAAACACAGGUUUGAAAACUCAA